AUGGGCGUGCCGGAUGGCAUGUGGUAUCCCGGCGCACCGUGUGGCGUUGACUCGACGUGGCUCACAUGCGACCCUGAUGGCACCGUCAACGCCAUUGUCAUCCGCGAUAAGGGCAUCUCUGGAUCCAUCUGCUCCAAUAUAGGGCUACUCACUACCCUGGUGAAGAUUGACAUGGCCAACAACUCGCUAUCAGGCUCGUUUCCCACCAGCAUUGGCAACCUUGCAAGACUGGCCGUCUUUAACGUCCAGCAGAACCGUCUCAGUGGGUACAUUCCCCCCACGUUCUCUCGCCUUGCCAGCCUGCAGAUGUUUGAUGUUAACACCAACAACUUGUCGGGGCCCCUCUAUUACCCCGUGGGAACUCUCGCAAACAUCAAGCUUAUCAACGUUGCCCGCAACAACUUCAGCGGAUCGCUUCCCACCUCCAUCUACACUCUCACCAGCCUCCAAGAAAUGGACGUCUCGGAGAAUUCUCUCGGGGGCUCCCUGCCUCUCUCUGCCAGCGCCCUUAACGGUUUGCAAAUGCUCAACAUGGUCAACAACCGCUUCUCUGGCCAGUUACCAUCCUCUCUCGGCAAUCUCACGAGGCUCACUCGCUUGGAGCUGGGGAGGAACUAUUUCACGGGCUCUCUGCCAACUUCCCUCGGGAAACUCACUGCUCUCAUCAACCUCGGGCUACAGGGCAACACGCUAGGAGGCUCCCUGCCCUCGCAGCUGGGAGCACUAAUCAGCCUCAACUCGCUAGACGUGUCAAACAAUCAGCUCCGGGGCGCAAUUCCCCCCACCAUUGGGAACCUCUCUGCUCUCACUGACCUCAAGAUAGGCGGAACGGACCUCACGUGCCCAUCAGCAGCAGGGCGGCCCCCAUGCACUGUGUGGCAGGACCCCUCGUCUGAGUUCUGCCAGAUGUGCCCCGCCUUCUGCACCAACUGCUCCACUGCUGCUCUGCCACCCAAGCCAGCACCUCCCACGAGCCCGACCCCCGCUCCUCCUACUGCUGCUACUACAUCAUCCUCAGCCACUCCUGGUCAGGGCUUCAUCAUUGGAAUUGCUGUGGGGGUAGCCGCGCUGCUGCUGCUGGGUGCUCUUGGCAUCUAUCUCUGGUUCCGCUGCUCCUCCCGAGGUGGGUGUGUGUGUGCAAGAACCUGUGAGUGUGAUGGUACUAGCACCACUCCUCCUCCUGCUGCUCCAGCACCAUCCUCAACCACUCCUGGUCAGGCCUUCAUUGUUGGCAUCGCAGUGGGAGUAGCCGUGCUGCUGCUGCUGGGAGCGCUUGGCCUCUACCUCUGGUUCUGCUGCUCCUCCCGAGGUGUGUGUGUGUAA